AUGUAUACUAAUAACGUAAUCGUCCUCGCGGCUCUUGCUGCUUGCGCUUCCGCCCAAAUCCCGAACCUCAUGCCGCGCCAGACUUUCGGGAGCGACGAGCCGGAAGAGACCGAAUCCUCGCCGGAAUGUAUUUCUCGCGUCCAGUCUUGGUCCAGCGCUUUUCCCACUCCAGCUCCGGCUUUAGAAAGCGCGAUGGAAGACGCUACAGUGGAGGGCGGCAUGGCUGAGUCAGGUCUGUCUGGCUUGUGCCAGUAUGGCACCGCUCUUGGCAAGGACCAAGGUUCUGCGUACACUUCAUACUGCCUCGAUAUGUACUCGUAUCUAUCUUCGCAAUCCUCCAACCUACUCGCUCUGGCUACUACCUGCUCCGACGAUAUGGGCGGCUGCAAAGCUGUCUCCGCGACGACUACGGCGGAUUCCUCCAGCGGAACAGUUGUUUCUUCCUCCGACAGCUCUGCUGCUACCACCACAAGUGCUAGCGGUUCUGCGACAACUACCGCAUCUACUACUAGCAGCCCUGAAUCCUCAGCAGCUGUCGCGGCAAGCAGCUCGGCUGCAUCGGCGAUACCUACUGGUAACGCCAGCCCGAGGGAGACCGGAAUGUUCGCUGCGGCUGCCCUGGCUGCCGGUUUCAUCGGCGCUGCUGUGGCCCUAUAA